GCAGGAAUAUGACGUCACAAGAAUAAUGGCGGAUUAGAUUGUGCAUGGGGUCCGCUAUCCGCCUUCCUCCUCCUCGACACCGAAGUGUUUAUUUCAGCAGGAGAGACGCUUUUUCUGCUCCAGGUCAAAAAUGUUCCGGCGGUCACGAUUUAGCGUUCGCCCAAAUGUCGGCACUGCAGGGAGAACUGCUGCGACACCUCAGGAAAGUCCUGCUGCAAAACAAGAGACUGGUGGGACUGCAAAAGAGGCCAGCGAGGGCAGCUGUGUGCCUGAUGAGUCAAAUGCACCCCCAUUAGAAAAAAACCCAACUUCAGGGGACGGCGUUGACCAGAACGGUGAUGGCUCCAACUCCUCAGCAGCCCUCCAAAGGAGGAAACGCUUUUCCAUCAAGCCUAAAGUUGCACCGGGUCGCCCUUCCGCUCCCCCGCGGACUCCAAAGUCCCCCAUCAAAGCCGCCUCUGCGCCCCUCAGUGAAACACCUUCCUCUGAGAUGGAGAAACCAUCAACAUCCAGCCAAGCUGGGACCGCUACAGCCCCCAACAGACUCCUGUCCCCAAGGACUCGAAGGCACUCUGAUAACAGCAAACAGCACAAGCCGCAACCCAAACUCACUCCUCCGCCCUCUGAAACUCCAGCUGUUUCUGUGGCUGAAGACUCACCUGAGCAAACUCCUCCGGCAGCAGACGGCAGCAAGAAACCGGAAAGCACAUCACGGAGUCACCCUAAAGAAGUUGCCCCCAGAGUGCCUGAUAAAGUUCCUCCUUCUCUUCCCGACAAGGCAGCCACAGAAAUUUCGGAGAAAGCCCGAGCUCUGGUGUCGUCCAAAACUGCGGGAUCACUGCCGUCGUCAGCACUUUACCUGAGCAGACUCCUCAACAGCCCUUUGGAUGUGCAGCGGCUGGUGAAAGCACAGAAGCUCCGAGAGCUGCUCAGGAGGGAGAGGAGCAAAGAAAAGAGCAUUAAAAGAGCUAAAGCCAGAUGUAAGGAGUUUGAUUUAGAUCCCACCAAAAUGACAAUGAGGGACCUGAUCCAUUAUCUUCCAACGUCUAACCCCAUGACGUCUGUUUUGGACGACUCGGUUGAGGAGAAUGAGACUGAGGUUCCUCCUGCAGUGGAAAGACAAGAGCCUCCAGAACGAGCUCAGGAGCCUCCGGCUCCUCCGCCUAUGAAAGUGGUUUCAAGUGAAGAGGAGGGAGCAGCGUGUGAGGAAGAGGAAGAGCAGGAGGAAGAAAUUAUGGUUCCUCAGGUCAAAGUGGCAGAAGAUGGUUCCCUGAUUAUUGACGAGGAAAGUUUAACGGUGGAAGUCCUGCGGUCCAAAGGUCCCAACACCAUUCAGGACCGAGACCCCAUCUUUGAGCGCGGCUCCACAACAACAUACUCAAGUUUCAGAAAAGGCACCUACACGAAACCUUGGUCCAUUGAAGAGACAGACAUGUUCUACCUGGCCAUCAGCAUGGUGGGGACGGACUUCUCCAUGAUCUGUCAGCUCUUCACUCACAGAGCUCGGUCAGAGAUAAAGAACAAGUUCAAAAGAGAAGAGCGGGAGAAUUCAUGGAGGAUCGACAAAGCCUUCAGAGAGAGGCGUAAACUGGACAUUGAGUACUUUUCGAAGUUGCUGGAAAAAGUGUUGGAAGUUCAGAGAGACCGGAAGAAACUCAAAAAGAUUUCGGAGAACACCUCCGGGAAGUGCAAGAAAAAGCCGAAACGUAAACAAUCUGCUAAGAAGCUGAGCGAUGUGGAGGAGGAGGAGGAGGAGGAGGAAGAGGAGUUUCUAAUGCCUGAGUUGGAAGGAGAGAAAGAGAACGAGGACCAGAGUAACGAAGGAGAAGCGGCUGCUGUGAAGUCGGGGAGAAAACGCAAAAAGAAUAAUCGAGCAGAAGCCUUGAUUGAGGAACCGAGUGACAAGAAAAACAAAACAGAUGAAGCAGGCGUACCUGAAGACUGUGAAGCAGCACAUCCUGAGGAGCUCCCCACUGCAGACACGGCGGACAAGACUGAAAAUGUGAAGACAGCUAAGGAUGCAGCCAUCAAACCAGCCAAGCUCUGCAGAGGCAGAGCACCAAAUCCACUGGUACCUUUGGGUCUGAAGCGCGGCAAAAAGCCUCUGCCUUCUGCAAAGGCCAAAGGCACUGAGGAAGAAAACCGGGAGGAGACAGGGAGGGAAGGAGCUGAUCAGGAGCAGGGAGAAAGUGAAAAUGAAGCCCAGCUGAGCCAAGAAAGGAAGAGGAAGGGUGAUGGUGAUGUUUCUUCUGAGGGUGAGGAAGAUGCUGCAGUUAAACCUCAGAGGCCCACACGAUACGGCCGAGUGCCCAAACCCGUCCAGCCCUUGAUGUACGCCGCCAAAGACGAUUUGCACUCGCCUGCAUCCUCUGACACGUCCAAAGGUCCCGCCAAGAGGGGAAAGUCGGUGGAACCUCCACCAGUGCAGAAGUCCAAGAAGCCCAAACUGGUCACCCUGAGGUCGUCCAGGUCAGAGUUUAGUGACGAGGAGAACGAAAACGAGUGGGAGGAGGAGGAGCACCACCUCACCCGUAGCUCCAGUCGAGAGGGCGACGCUCACGGCUUCGUUCAGAGCAGCCUGCACGCCUCCAACACCGAGAUUUCAGAGGUGGAUGACACCAUGGUGGAGCUUGAUAUCUUGGACAGUAUGCCCGAUGUGCUGGGCCUUUCCCAAGAUGCACUGUGUGCUGACUCCACCUGUCAGCAGGCAGAUCAUGACACAGGCACUUCUGAACCCAGUGAGCACCAGCUGGACCUGCUUGUUGAUGUUAUAGACUUCAUUUCCUCAGAACAAGCUGAAGUGUCUCAGAAUGAGAGCUACACUGAAGCAGCUCAAACCCUUUUGACCAUUGGUAACCGAGCUCAAAUUUCUCAGUCAGCACAAAGUGGAGAGACCUUAGAAGAAUGCACUGCAGGAACAUCAGUUGGUGUCAGUGAGUUCACAUAUGCACAAGAGGAGAUUUUGACAGUGUCACCCCAGAAAAAGAUCCCUCCUGGGAAAUCUGCAGAUCAGAAAGUGACAUCGCCUUCCACCGAAAAGCUCCAGAGUGCUGAAGUGGACAGCAAUAACUCGCUUCCCGUUGACACAAGUGAUCAGAAUGUUGAUCAAUUGGGUUGUAAAUCUGGAGAUAAGUCUUCACUUAUAAAGGUGAAGCCUAAACCAAACCUCGGUCACAGCUCAAGGACUGCAAAACCGGUAUCUCACACCGAGAUGUCGACAGAAGGGGGAGCUGGAAGAAGGUGCUCAGUUGCUCAAUGUGUUUCUCAAGAUAAUGAGACAUCAGUUUCUGCUGAAGAAACAACCCCAGGAAUAUCAGCUUCUGCUGCAGCAUUGUUUAAAGAUAACACUUCCUCUCAGCGCGGCUGCUUGGAUCAGGUUGAAACUGGUGCAGCAGAUCAGAAUCUCCUGAAAAGCCAGAGUCAGACUGUAAUUCAGUCACAGUCGGGGCCUCCUGUAGAGUCCAAGGCAGGCUUAAAUAAACCAGUUGAAGCAGUGCCAGAGGUUAAAAAAGCGUCAAGCACCGAUCCCAGCCCAGUUCCAGACAGAACCAGCAAACCUCAACCCUCAGCUGCAGACAACUCUUCUGUGAGUCACACAGGAGAAGGUGAUGUCAAAAGUCCUUCUCAGCCCAGAGGCAGACUGCCAAAAGUCAAACCCAAACCAAUCCUACUGCAGACGUCAAGAAUAGCUAGAUCCAAACGGCAAACUACUGAAGGGGUGGCAGAGAAAGAGUCAAUUGAAAGUCAGAAUACUUCAACCAAAAUGCCAGCAGAACUUCCAGAUGAACGAACUAUAAGUGAGGAGACAAGAAGUCUUAAAUCUCUAAAUCAAGCAGCACCUGAUCAGAGCGCUACAGAAGCUCUGAUCUCUGCCAAAGUCGUGCCUGAGCUCUGUGUGGAGCAGACCAGCAAAGACUCUGAAGCCACUUCUGAAACUGUGUUAACUGAACAAACAGACCCGGAACUACCAGCUCCACAUGGGUCACAUUUGGGUUCAGAAGGAAAAGAAGAUUCUGCUGCAGCUGCUGAAGCAACCUCCAAUCAAGAUGAAAAAAAAACGGGAUCUUCUCAGUCAAGAAAGGGUCGACUACAAAAGGUUAAACCCAAACCAAACAUACCACAGUUGUUGAGAGGUGCAAGAUCCAAAGCUCAGAACACAGAAGAUGCCGUCCAAAAAAAUCCGGAGCUUACCAAAAACCCAUCUGUAGAGGCGGAACCACAAACAAAACUCACACAAGAACUGUCUGCAAAUAGGGAGAUAAAGACAAAAGAUGGAGUUGAAGAUCAAAAAGAAUUGGGUGGAGCACCAUCAGGUCAAGGUCCUACAAAAACCCAGAAUCUCUCCAUCGAGUCCAGUUUGGAGCAGGCAACUGGAGAUGCACCGUCAAUUCCUGAUUUAACAAAAGAAAGUGCAGCAUCCCGUGUUGAAGAUCCAGUUUUAAAGGCCUGUGAGGUCACAGAACCAGAACCACAACAAGGGCUACAUUUGGAUUUUAUUGAAAGUGAAAAUUCAGCUUCUUUAAAUAAGUCUGUAGAAGAGUUGGCAGUCAUGCAAAAAGAGGAAAAAUCUUUGCCAACAGGUCAGACAAAGAGAGAUCGACUGUCAAAAAUCAAACCAAACCUUCAAACAUCAAGAGCUGCAAGACCUCAAACCACUGAAGAAGCUACGCAAAAAUACUUGUUUCCAGGUGAAGGACCUGAUUUCAGAAAGAAGGUGGAACCAGAACAGGAACUGGAUCUCUCUGUAAAUGAAGACACACGGAGAGAGGCUGGAUUUGUAGACCCCAAUGUAUCAACAGACCAGAGCACCAAAGAAAGCCCAAAUCCCUGUGAAGAUCAGCCUGAGCCAUGUAAGGAGCAAACCAUGAGAGAUAAAGGAGCAACGUCUGAAUCAGCUCCAGAAAAUCUGUCAUACUGUUUUGGGCUACAGUCAAAUGUGGAGCCAGGAAAAAGUGGAAAGCCUUCAGCAGCAGCAGCAGAGAAGCUGACAUCUGGUCCAGAAGAGGAACCAAGUGCAUCUGAUGAAAGGAAGAAGGGUCAAAUCCAAAAACGUAAACCCAAACCAAACCUGGUACAGACAUCAAGAGUUCUGAGGUCCAAAUUCUCAAAAGAUUCACAGGAUAAAAACUCAAGUUCCAUAAUAGAACCCAAAGUCCGUGAAGAUGCCAUGUCAUUGGUGGAAGCAACCCUGUCUUUGGACAGUCAACCUGAAACUGUUCCUUCUUCAACAGUACAGCCUAUUAUGACUUUAGACUCAACAUCCACUCCAUUAACAGACUCUUCUUCAAAUGAAGAGCAAAGGGAAUUAACUGAACUGGAUUCGAUUGAUAUGAUUGCAGAAAUAUCAGAUCAGAGCACCACAGAGAACCAGAACUUCCCUGAAGUCCAGAUUGGUAUUGCCAGAGUUGAAGAAUCUCCGACGGAGUUCUCUGAUAAAAACCUAAAAUCUCAUAUUGAACCAACUGAUUCAAGAGUUCCAGAGGCACCAAAGCUGGGUUUGGAUCCAACUUCAUCUGUUGCAGGGCCUCCAGCCGUCAAACAAGGUUCUGAAGUUGCAUCUUCUUGUUUAUCAGUGAGGAACAGAUUAUCAAAAAUUAAACCCAAACCCAACUUGACAAAAACCUCAAGACCUGCAAGAUUGAGACCUCAGAUCUCAAAAGAAUCAGCACAAAGUUCUGAAUCCUGCAAAAAGUUUGAACCAGAAAACAGCAGCAUCUCCAAUUCUGCUUCAGGUUCAGAACAGUCCCAGACUGAAUUCCCUACAGAAGAGAAACAUCCUGGACAUGUAGAUCCGGCGGACACGGAUGCAGCCACAACAGGUUGCAGUGCUCCAAAGAAACAGAACAUCUGUCAAGUCCUGCUGGAAGAACAAACAUCUGCAGACCAGGAAUCGGCCUCUGAGAUGAGAGAGGAAGCAUCUCCGGUUGGGAAGUCACCAGAUGUUCGGCAUUUAUCUGCACAGGCGUGUUCAGAAGAAGCUGAGUCAAACGCUAAGUUUAGGAGAUUACAGAAAAUUCGCCCCAAACCGAAUUUACCAAAUAAAUCAAGAACGGCAAGAAUUGGAACACCAACCAUAAAUGACCCAAAGGAAAAAGAUUUGAGUGAAACUCAAUUUGAACAAGACUUGAUUGAACAAACAUCUGCUGAGAAAGCUGCAGGAAACCAGAACAUCUCUGAAGUUCCCAAUGAAGAUCAGACCACUGGAAAAAUUGAGGAAAUAUCCUCUUUUGUUGAGGUGAGAAAUUUAGCAUGUGAAGAAGCAGAAGAGGGAGAAGUGUCCUUUGUGGGGCAGAAGCUCCAUCUUGCUGCAUCAGGAACCAAGCAACAUGUUGGUGAAGAGGCUGAAGCUGCAUCUACGUCUCAAUCCAAGAGGAGGCGUUUUCAGAAACCUAAACCAAACCUCCCUGUGACAUCAAAAGGCGCUAAAUCUAAACCCGAAGUCCCUAAAGAGCCAGUCCAACUCACGCUCGCUAUGAAGCAACCACAGAUCUCCACCUCCAAAUCUAUGGAGCAACCACAGAUCUCUAUUUCUAAAUCUGUGGAGCAACCUCAGAUCUCCAUCUCUAAAUCUGUGGAGCAACCUCAGAUCUCCAUCUCUAAAUCUGUGGAGCAACCUCAGAUCUCUAUUUCUAAAUCUGUGGAGCAACCUCAGAUCUCCAUCUCUAAAUCUGUGGAGCAACCUCAGAUCUCCAUCUCCAAAUCUUCUGACCGCUCAACAUCAAAAGAAGAUGGUCAGUUUGUGUUGACUUCUCAUAAAAUCAAAAGUUCAGUUGCGGAACCGUUUGUCGAAUUGAGCCCAUCUCAUAAAUUUGUAGAGGAAUCAACCUCCGAGUGCAAGACAAAUGUUGAACAAGUCUCCAAUUCAGAGCAAAAUCUUCUUCAGAGAAGACCAAGGCUUUCCAGAGUCAGACCCAAACCUAAUCUAGAAUCAUCCAGUCGAGCUUCGCGGCGAAAAGUUCAGCCAGGUGACGGUUCCAAACCUUCAGGUGAAACUUCCACACCUCCAAGUGGCCUUAAGACAUCAGUGGAGAUGGAACCAGGUGGAGAAAAAAUGGACAGUGAAGGUCCAGCUGAGAGGGACUUGAUAGAUUCAUCUGCAGCUGUGGAUGCUAAGGUCUCAACACAAGUCGGUUGUACAUCAACCUCCAAAGCCAGGUCGGUCAGUGCAGAGGGACACUCCUCAACCCAAAGUAUUGAUUCUGCUGAAUCAGAAGCAGCUGACUCUUCUGAGACGUCAAAUAAAGCUCCUCAACCUCCCAACAUCACGUGCAGCAGUCUUGCACAGCGCAGACAGACGGAUGCAGAUUCUGGCACUAGCUCGAGGACAGCUGCGUUGGAGCCUCGCCCUGGCAGUCGAUGGCCAGUAGGUGGAGACAUUGAUGAGACGAGAGACAAAUCGUCCUGUCUAGAUCCUGCUUCUCAAGAAGUGUCAUCCACGCAAAAUACGUCUGCUUUAAAUCCGGAGGGGAUCCACACUUAUCCGCUUCUGAUGGAGAUGCUGCCCGAGCAGGUGCCUUCAGAUCCGGAUGAACCGUUCUUCGUCCUUUCUCUGAUGGAGAUCCCGGGGGAGGAGGCGGUAACCAGCGUGGCCGAGAAGCCGCCCCAUCACCCCGUCGCAGAUGCUGUCACGCUGCGGCCGUGGGAUUCUGGAGAGAGUUCCACAGCAGCAGCAGGAGAGAAGUCCGUCUCUGGCGUCUCUACAAAAAGUGCAGAAACAAGUUCUGCAUCUGAAGAAAAACCUGCAGAAAGUCUGGACACCUUUGUUGCCAGAGAGACGGACGCAGCAGCUGAGAAUAAAGCAGCUAUUUCAACAAGGAGAAGAAGAACUAAAGCUGAAGCUACCGUCAGCCAGAGAAGUGACGCUGAAGCCGCUUAUGACCCACGAAGUUGUAAAAAAGGGAAAAAUUUGAAGAAAUCUGACAGCAGUUUGGGCUCCAAAAAAAGUAACAGAAGCGGUCAUCAGACUAGAAAAGCAAAAGACGUUUCCCAUGAAUCAAAAACGUCACCCAGCGAUUCCCCUGCUGCGAAGGGGAAGACGUCUGCUAAGAAAGCAGCUUCUGCGUCACGUGAAGAUGCCGCACCAACCAAAGUCCGUUCAGCUCCUGUGGGGUCGCAGUCCAGACCCACCGCCGACCACACACCCGGCACCUCAACUCCCAGCUCCACCCUCCGCACCGCCCGGGAAGGCUGUGCUGAGAUCAGCUCAGCAGAGGAGGAGCCCACCAGCGUGUCGCAGUACUUCAUUAGUGACAUUUUCACAGAAGUGGAUGAGUCAUGAACAUCGGAUUCUCAUUUAAAGAAGCUCCUGUUUUUUAGUCUUAGUUGUGAUGUUUUUAUAGUCCAAUACAUUCCCCCCCCCCACUGGCACUUUGGAUUUGUUUUGGAGUUGAAAUCAGUGCUUUUUGAAAAUGCACUUAGACGAUAAAUGCUAAAGUUUGAAAGCUAAAGCGGCGGCAGCUGAAUGUUUCAGUUCAGCCCCAAAUUUUACUCAACUGUGAAAAUGUAAAUAUGUUGUGUGUUUCAUUUUGUACUUGAUGCCACUUUCUAAAUUGUGUACAGCUUUAUACAACCCUCUUGUGUACAUAAUUUUAUUUAGUUAAGCAAACUCCAUCAAAGGUGAAUUUAUGGAUGUUUCCAUGAAUGGUUGACGAGUAACAGUUAGUGGUUUACAAUAAAUCAAGAUAAACACUUGA